UCAAGCUAUACACUGAAUUGCACUUCUUAACAUGCUCUACACACCAGAAAUUUCGCUUAUUGAGUACGGUGUCUCCCUCCAGAACGGGUUCCUCCCGGAAGUUCCUCCCUUACGGAGAUUGGAAGACCCUUACUAUUCUCCUUGGGAGAACAUCGCUCAAGACUUGCCUGAACUCAUUCGGUUAGGUACUAUCAGGAGGUCCGUAGAUGACCUGGGUAUACUCUCUACGAAGAAGUUGCGGGGAGAACCUGAGUGGCGGAGAGCAUAUGUUGUGCUUGCUUACCUUACACACGCCUACAUCUGGGGUGGUGACAAGCCGAAAGAUGUGCUACCCCCCUGCAUCUCACGCCCAUUCAUCGAAGUAUCGAACCACUUAGAGCUACCACCAUGUGCCACUUAUGCUGCCCUCAAUCUUUGGAACUUUUCGGUACGCUCCGCUGACACGGACGUUACGGAUCCGGACAACCUAUCAGUGGUGACCUCGUUUACUGGCACCAAGGACGAAGAAUGGUUUUUCGUUCUCUCUGUCGCUAUCGAGGCCAAGGGAGCGCAGCUCAUCGAGAUAAUGCUCGACGCCAUGCAUGGAGCCACUGUCGAUGAUAACCAGCGUGUUGUUUCUCGUCUCGAGCAACUGAACUAUGGUCUGAAGGAACUUGGUGACCUCUUGGAACGCAUGUAUGAAAAUUGUGCGCCACCCGUCUUUUACCAUCAACUACGCCCAUACUUGGCCGGCAGUAAGAACAUGACAUCGGCUGGGUUACCAAAUGGUGUAUUCUACGAUACUGGAGAAGGCCGAGGCGAGUGGCACCAAUACAGUGGUGGUAGCAAUGCCCAGAGUUCUUUGAUCCAAGCCUUCGACAUUUUCUUGGGCGUGGAGCAUUCAGCCACCGGAGAGACCAAGCCUCACGGCAAGAUCAAUCCUCAAGUCAUGACUGGUUUUAUGCAGAACAUGCGAAACUACAUGCCAGGCCCUCACCGACGCUUCUUGGAAAUGAUGCUCCGCACGUCCAAUGUGAGAUCCUAUGUUUUGAGCCACAAGCCAGGAUCUGCUCUGAGGGAUGCAUACAAUAUGGCGGUUAUGUCACUUGGGGGAUUCCGCGAUAAGCAUGUGCGGAUGGUGACUCGAUACAUCAUCAUGGCUGCAAGGACUCCGCCGCCGAACCAAGUAUCUUCGAGGACAAACCUGGCCACGACAACGUCGACAUUAGUGGAUAAUUCUCAUGAGAAACUCAAUGCCGGCGUCAGGGGAACAGGCGGGACAGAUCUGAUACCGUUUCUUAAACAGACCAGGGACACAACGAAGGCUACAGCCAGCUACACCGACUAAACCGCAGCGAUGCAAUUGAACUUUUUGGCUAUGCGACUUUUGAUACCAUAUAAGCAAAUCGUUUCAUGAAUCUCAUACCCCCUUACGACUACCGAGUUAUGAAUGAUUGCUAGACGAUUUUCUUGCUGCAUAAUUACUUCAUAGGACAUGUUCAGGACAGGCAGUCUGCGGGGACGGGAGCGGAGGCGGAUACGGAUGGCGGGAAAGCUGGACUUUCGAUGAUAUCCGAGGGGAUCCGCAGGAACUGAGUCUUAUCGCGUGUCAUCUAUCUGACUCCACUUACAUCAUGAU